ACAUAUAAGUUUUUACUAUUUCUUUUCCAUAUGGGAAAACCAAGUUGGUGGGAGGCUCUUCUAAGUCUUUUAAUAUGCGUGCGUGUUAGAGUGCAUGUAAGUGAACAGCACUUAUAUUAUGUCAUAUUCAUGCCACCCGGUAUAGUGAUCUAAGCGCUGUGUAAUGAGUAGGAGAUUUGUCAUUGAGGCUACAGCACGUUGAUACACAUGUGCCCCCCUGUACUCCCUGCACUGCAGCACUGCUGCACCAUAACACUAACAGCCAGCUUCCGUCUACCUCCCAACCUCGCUCUGUUUCUCUUGCUCUCUUACCCCUGCCAUCUGCUCCCCAAAAACUGGCCAGUGGUUGUUUUUCAUGGGAAAAUCAUCUACAGAAAAAGGCUGUUCAAGUCUUUUUGCACAUGCAAAGGUUUGCGCAGCAUCCUGCGUGUUUACAUGCCGCUUUUAGGGUGUAGAUAACUGAAAUGUAGACAACAACAGAAGAUAACUCAGGGAGAAACAGAACACUAAACAUCUGCCAGCGACAUAUUUGUAUUUCAUUUUAUCACUCUCCCACACAAGUGCACGCAAACGCAGACGCGCACACAUUUUUAAAGUCACAUACUGUGCCAACCAGCAAGGGGUUUUUUCUUCUGAGACUUUCUUCAGUGUUGGAAACAUUUGACUUGAGCCAACUCUCUUACCCAGUUAAAGGCCCUGAGAAUUUCCUAGUUUACAUAGCAGUCAUAAUAAGCAUAGCAUAAUAAGUAUGUGCGGUAUUAGGAAUACCGAAGAUAUUUAGUACAGAAAAAAAUUAAAAGGCUAAUGUAUAAAUAUACUAAAAUAUCCAUGACUCCUGCUGCUGAUACACAUGUCUCGGCUUUGGAUAUCAGCCAAUACUGAGUACACAACCAGUAUCAGUAUUUAAUAAGCGAUAAGCUGUCAACCUCAGUGUGAGUAAGAGACUGUGAAUCAGUUUGGUUUUUUUUAAACUCAGUCACAGUAGAAUACAAAUAGGAAAACAACCUCCCUGCGAUUUGUGAAAAAUCUGUCAUUUACUGACCGCUUUCAUGUAUCUGCGGUGACAAACUGGUAUCCCAGAGAUUGAGAGUGCAACACCCUCAACCUCUGUGUGACCGUUUCCUAUCACAAGGCAAGUGCACAGGUCACCUGGUUGGAGGAAACCUGUCUCCAAACAGUUGCAGUCCAGUCACUCUUUGUCACUUUGGCGAAGGUUUGCAAAUAAUUGCGGUCACAUUUAUAAAUAUAGACAGCUUGAUUGCAUUUUGUUGGCAAUCUGAGUCAGUCUGUGAGCUCAACCUUCUCUUUAUAAUAGAGACCGCAAGUCAACUGGUUUCCCAAUAGCUUUAUUCAGGUUAUAUUCCUAUAUAAAAGGAAGGUUGCUGAGUAUCUCUGUCAUUUUGCAGUCGAAUCUUUGUCCUGCAUAAACUGUAUAACAUUUGUGGAGGAAUUUCUUUCAAAUUAUGUGGAAUCCCAAACAGGUUUGCGGUUUUAUGCAGAUUUAUUACAGUUAAUUGCAGUAUAAUACAAAAAAUUGCAAGUUCGCCGGAUUCAGUUGCAGACUGAUAGCAGUAUGACUGCAAGUGGUUGACGACAUGGUCCCUGCCUUCAAAAGCAAGAAGAUUAAAGGGUCAUGGCACAUGAUUGCAACAAUAAUUUUGAUUCUCUUGCGUGACUUUAGCGUUAAGCAGUAUUUAAAAUUAGCUUAAAAUUGACCCAGUUGACUACAUCUUGCUAGAUUGCUCUAAGAAGAAGUGCAAUAAAAGCUUCCAAGUGUUAAUUGUAACAAAACAAAAGAAAACAAAGUAAGAGCGAAGUUGCCAGCCGUCCACUCGUCCACAGUGUGUUUGCUAUAAAUCACAACUGAAUCUCAGACCAGUGCCAACAAACAGAACUUGUCAACACGGCUAGCUGACUAGCUACAGUUAAAAUUUCUGGACUCAAAAGCAUUCACACCACAUGGACACAAGUUGACCGUGACUCAGAGGGAGACUUUAUUCCGAAUGUAGUCAAGGUGUAAGGGCUGUAGAUGUAAUGUUUUUUUUUUUUUUUGGAGAUUAAACAGGCAGGCUGUGAUGAAGAGAGGUGAAGCGUGGCAGGCACAGUGUGCAGGCAGACUGAUGGCAGAGACCGGGUGAGCUGGCUUGGCAGACAGCUAGAGUGGGCAGGCAGGGAGAAAGGAGCUGCUGCCGGUGAGCUUGAGGAGCUGAAGCUUGAGAGCAGGCGGAGAGGUGGGGGUGAAAUCUAAGCACAAUGAAAUGAAAUGAGUUUAACUCACUCACAAACACAAUAAACGUGAUAAUGGUGUCUCUCCUGUGAUGUCUGUCAGAUAGCGACUGGAGAGUCGAGUAGAUGUAUGGCUGGUGAUGAGCUGAUGAGCCACCGGUUUUAGAUGCUGAUCGAAUUGACUGCAGGAAAUGUGAAUGGUGCUACAACUACAAGUGACACACAGAGAGACAAUAGGACAGGAAAACAAGAGACACAGAAGAAAGGAGACAGGAAGGAGUACAACAAGGGUCAUGACACUGACAGCAGUCUGUGAAAUUAGAUUACACAAUUCCCUGCCCUUUUUAUCUUUCUUUGGAUCACAAAUCCUUAAUCAUAAUAAUGCACAAUAUUAGGCUACUGAUCUUGGAGUAAUAAAAUGCCUGCCUCUUUAUUUUUAUUUACUCAAUGCACAAAAGCAUCUGCAGCCCCUGCAGAAUGUGAAUUUGAUCCUGGCGUCCUUGUAAUCUAUAUGUACCUCUAUAUAGGUCAGCGUGGCAUUGUUUACAGAGUGCACACGUGCUUCACUGCUCUGCAGCAACACAACUUAUGUUUACAUAUGUGAAACAGUGAUGAUUUGAGAAAAGAACACACAUUAAUAAUAAUUAAUUCAAUUGGUCUGUCAGAAAAAUGAUGAAAAAUAUAUAUCAUAACAUCCCGAAAUCCAACGCCUAUCCCUCACAUAAUGCGUCUGAUUAACAGUAAAACCUUUCUAAUAUUUAAAGUUAUAUAUAAAAAAAGGAUAACUUUUCAUAUAAAACAGGUUAUCAAUUAUUUUCACUAUCCAAGAAUAGCUUGAAAAUGUUUCCUGGUCUCACAUCUGUGGUUACGUCUUGGUUACGAGUCAAGAUUGUUGUUUGCACUCAACUUUCAAAGGUGUUGGUGGAUGUGAGGGACAAACAGACUGAGCGGCAGGUGCAAUAUGUUGCACUGUAAUCAAACAAAUCAAACAACGUGUUCUCAUUUUACUACAGCAGUCUGAAAUUAAAGUAAAUGAAGCGUGGAUUAUAUGUUUCAUGCUUUAUCAUAUCUGAUUCGGUCAGCAUCCAUGGUGGCAACCAACACUGUCGUAGACAAACAGUGAGAUUAUAAAGAGGUUCGUUGUGCUAACACACAUAUGUGAUGAUGUGGACUGUGGAUCAUAGCAGGACCGCUGCCUUUGAGCAGAGUAGCCUCCACCAUUAACUAAAGGUUAGCUUGCUGUUGAGGCUACGCCUGGCUCGUGUCCCAGCUUCUGUAAAGUUAAAUAUCUACUGUACAUUAUACAGCUUCAGGUAGCCCACCAUCGCCAGAGUACAAUCAUCCUUAAAUUUGUGAUUUGGAAAUACAAUAAGACCGACUAGAUUAAAAUAAAUAUUUGUUGCUGUCUCAAAAGUUGAACAUAUUUUACAGUAUUUGGAAUCUAGUUGUUUUCAGUUCUUGCAGAGUGCUAAGUAGUUGUUUUUUACCGUGCCAGCUCCUCAUUAAAAAAAUUUCUAGGCUGGUUUCGUUUUCCAUGAGAACAAUGUUUAAAACUGGUUUUAAACCUAACACUGAGCUGUGGAAGAAAUUAAGUACUGCGCCUUUGAAACAAAAUGAAGCCAACAAUCACAUAUACGUAAGCUCAAUUUUCUCUUUACAGCAGUUAAAACAACGAAAAAAAGAAACAUGAAAUAUUUUCGGUGAGUUAUUCACGUUAAGUUCAAAUCAGGAUUUGUUUGUUUGGGGUUGUGUGCUAUGGGAAGCCGCUGGCUCCAACUGUUGUUGUUGCCGCUUGCUUUCCAGCUCCACCCCUGCGCCCAAAUUAGAUGUUCUCGGCUUUGCAUAACUGAUAAGACUUGCAUGGUUUUCAUGUCUGCAAAGUCAACUUGCUUUGCAGAAGCGAGUCAUGAGUCAGCACUGAAAAAGAAAGAGGAUCAGGGGAACGGAGAAGGUGGAUGAAGUGAGAAAGACAGCGCUCGCUCUGAUUUCACGUUUGUGUCACAGAUUGAUCAGCCAUUCGAUGGGGAUUUUCAGAGGAGCUCCGCCUACCGUCGCCGCAUUCCCUCCUCCUCCGACCCCCUCCCCCCGCGACCUUUUGAUCGCCCCCACCCACUCCGUCAUCCAGCCCUCCAUCCAGCCCUCCAUACAGAAAAUGACUCUGGAACUCACUGAAUGGUCUUCUAUAUGGAUUUUUACUGCUUGUAAUAGACAGUAAGAAAAAAGAGGCGCAAACCUCGAUGACAAAAAAGCCAUAAACACCCACAACACACACAUACACACACACACACACACACCCACACACACACACCCACACUCACACACACAACAAACACAGCUACACACACAAACACUUUCAUACCAAAUAAAGCUGUUUUGCAAGCAGUUUCUCUCACACCUUGACGUGCACACACAAAAGAAGCAAGUGCACAAAGCCACUCUUGGAAUGUACCGCUUACUCUUCCCAUGAAAUUCAACUGCUUCCUUUAUUUUUCUGAGAUUCUCUACAGGCCUUGAGAAAGCUGAUUUUAUUAGAUUUUUUCCCUUCCUCCCAAUUUAAACAAGGAUUAAAAAGGUUGGGAAUUUCAAUUUGCAGUGUUUUUGGAGGACAACUUUAGAGGACAGCUGAUUGCUAAUUUUUUUUCUUUUUUUUCUGGAUCUGUGAUACAUCUGGGGAUAGCAGAUUAGUUUAUCUGCAAAUAUUUAGUGUCUUUAACCUUUAUAGUUUUAGUAGGACCCAGUUUAACAUACAUUUUAUUACCUCGCAGGCUGGGAAGCAUCUGUUACAGUAUUCAGCACUUCUUGAACACUUAAGAAAUAGAUGUAACAAGUGUAUAACUAGCAAGUUACAACCACUGAUUGCAUUUUGUAGCUUGUAAAGAUUGUAAUGAAGUUACUUCUAGAAAGUCACUACUCGUUUUAAAGUACAAGUAACUUGAAUUGAGGAGUAUUAGGAGUAGCAUUGUUUUGUACUGUAGUAUUGUUAGAAGGGGUGCGCUUGUUUUCCUGUUGCUUGCAUGCCCUCCAACAUGCCUCCCCAGAACACAGAGGCUGACACCAUGCAGGUUGGAUCUCUGGUGGGUGGGGUUAGCAGCAAAAACUCCACCGCAUCAGGCUUGGAUGAGGAGAAAGGAGGAGCAGGAGGCGAGACGGAUGGAUUGGGAGGUGGAGGCGGAGCGGCAGAAGGAGGCCGAGGAGGAGAGGAAUCUGCCAGCGAAGGAUCGAUCGAAGGGAUUCCUUUAAAGCGAUGGGUGAUGCACGGAGCCGUGAUGUUCGGUCGGGAGUUCUGCUACGCCAUGGAGACAGCGCUAGUGACGCCUGUGCUGCUGCAAAUAGGUCUUCCAGAGCAGUACUACAGUCUGACGUGGUUCCUCAGUCCAGUUCUUGGACUCUUGUUCACUCCUCUGAUCGGCUCGGCCAGUGACCGCUGCACUCUGCGAUGGGGCAGGAGGAGACCGUUCAUCCUGGCUCUCUGUAUAGGAACACUGAUUGGAGUGGCUCUGUUUCUGAAUGGAUCACUGAUAGGUCUGUCACUCGGUGAUGAGCAGGGGAGACAACCAAUAGGGAUUGUUCUUACUGUGCUGGGUGUGGUGGUGCUGGACUUUUGUGCGGAUGCCACAGAGGGACCAAUCAGAGCAUACCUGUUAGACGUGGCAGACACAGAGGAGCAAGACAUGGCACUGAAUAUCCACGCCGCCUCUGCAGGUUUAGGCGGCGCAGUCGGCUACGCGCUUGGAGGUUUGGACUGGACGCACACGUUCCUCGGAGCAGUCUUCAAGUCGCAGGAGCAGAUCCUCUUCUUCUUUGCAGCCAUCCUCUUCUCUGUCUCCGUCGUGCUGCAUCUCUUAAGUAUCGAGGAGCAGCAGUACUCGCCGCAACACGACAGGCUCGAGCAGGAAAGUCUGGAUCCUGCCCACCUUCAAACAUCGGCCAAUGGCAGGGCUGGACUUCUCGGCGCCAAAUUAGAAAUGAUCGGUGAGGAUGAUACGGUAGAGAGCUACGACCUCUAUGACCCAUACGAAGAUGACCAGUCAGAGCAUGGAGACAUGGACUUCCUAGAGGUGGAGCUUGUGAGAAGUAAAAGCGACAGCGUCCUCGCCAUGGCAGACGCAACCCUCGAUCACCUUGACCACGAUGCGAUGUUCUUGUGCCACAUAGAGCCUUCCAUCUUCACCGAUCACCUCUCGCCCUAUCACGGCUCACCCUCCACGACCGCAUCCUUCUUCAACCCCAAUCGCAGCACCCCACCCCCCCGAUUCGCCAGCAUCAGACGCAGCAGCAGCACGGGAAGUCAAGACUUCCUCCGCCCCCAAAACAGCAGCAAUCAAACGAAUGUUACCACCCCCAGGAUUUCCCGCCUCUCAGCUUUCCUGCAAGAAAUGGAAAAUGACGAUGGGCAGGAGGCGCUGCUGAACAACCAGCUCAACGAGCAGCGGACGCUGAACGGGCGGCUGUUAGCCAGCGUUACUAAUACUGACAGACUUGGCACUAACAGGCUGAGCUCCAAAGGACAGGCACACCGUGCUGGAAUGGUCAAAGCUGCCAGUACUGGAGCUCCUAUGAGACAGUCACGCCACCGCCACACCUUCUACCGCCAGCCGUCCUGCACUUUUUCUUACUACGGCCGCGUGGGUAAUCAUCGUUACCGCUACCGCCGAGCCAAUGCAGCUUUUCUCAUCAAGCCGUCCCGCAGCAUGAAUGACCUGUACGAAGUGGAGGCCAGGCACAGGAGGAGGAACAGGCAGAGGAACAGACACCGCAGCGGGAACACCAACUCCUCCAGCGGGGACACGGAGAGUGAAGAGGGCGAGGUUGAGACCACCGUGCGCCUGCUGUGGCUCUCCAUGCUAAAGAUGCCCCAGGAGCUGCUGCGGCUUUGUGCCUGUCACCUGCUCACCUGGUUCUCCAUCAUUGCAGAGGCGGUCUUCUUCACCGACUUCAUGGGACAAGUCAUCUACCACGGAGAUCCUAAAGCUCCUUCUAACUCGACCUUAUUGGAUAACUAUCACAAAGGAGUUCAGAUGGGAUGCUGGGGCCUGGGUAUAUAUGCCAUGACUGCAGCUACAUGUUCAGCUAUUCUUCAAAAAUAUCUCGACAACUUUGACUUGAGCAUUAAGGUUAUCUACAUCCUGGGUACACUUGGAUUCUCCAUAGGAACUGCAGUCAUGGCAAUUUUCCCUAAUGUGUACGUGGCCAUGGUGAUGAUCAGCAGCAUGGGCAUCAUCUCCAUGAGUAUCUCCUACUGUCCUUAUGCUCUACUGGGACAAUAUCACGAAAUGAAAGCGUAUAUCCAGCACAGUCCUGGCAACUCUCGCAGAGGCUUUGGCAUCGACUGUGCCAUCCUGUCCUGUCAGGUGUACAUCAGCCAGAUAUUGGUGGCCUCAGCUCUGGGUUCUGUAGUGGAAGCUGUUGGCAGCGUUCGUGUCAUUCCCAUGGUGGCCUCUGGGGGCUCCCUCCUUGGAUUCUUUACUGCCUGCUUCCUGGUUAUUUAUCCAACUCCAAACAACGGGGACGGGGAAUCAGCCAAAGCUUCAGAGAAACGGAUUUUGCCAUCGCUGGAAAAUCCCAAUAGCGGCGAAGGGGCUGUUACCGUAGUGAUUGAGAAACCCAGCUUCCUGAAACUCAACAAGGAGGGGAAGGCCACCAGCACUACUGCUUCCUGUCAGGUGGAAAAUGAGUCUGCUCUGUGAUUGGUUGACUGCGCCGACAGACACUUUGCUGCAGAAACAACUUGAUUUGUUAUUGCUGAUGGAAAAGACUCGAAGGUGUGCCUUGAUGUGGAUUUGCUUUGGUCCACUCUUGGCGUUUGUUCUGGCUUUAAAAGGGUUUUUAUUUUUAAUUUUUAAUGUCACACUGAAGAAAACAUCACAGUCUACCAUGGGACCAGCGUCACAUUAGACCAACUUACCCAACAAAAGUCAUUCUGGUCCCAGUGCCGCUUCAGCUGUUGACGAAGUUCCUUCCACUUAUCCCUUACGGACUUUUGAUCAAUCCGUCAGGGUCGUCCAGGAUUGAGUAAUUAAUUGGCCGUCGUUUUAAGGAGAGGUUGUCUCCUGUCUCUCAGGGCCUCUAGGAGGUGCUACUGAGCAGCCACCUGGACAGGAAACUUCAGGGGACUCACAUACAUACUCAUUCAAACCCUCACACGCUCACAUUUCCUCAUCUAAGUUCAACACAAUCGAAUGAACACCCUAAUAAUGAACUCUAUCGAUGAACAUUAGUCCUUGAAGCUGCAAUCAUUACAAAAUGCUGAAAAUCGUUCUUCCGCACUGUGGAGUCAGGUUGAUUGAGUUUUUGCUUCGUGAUGUGGACGCUGAUUUACGAGAAUGUGUGUGUCUGCUGACUUAAAACACCAAAACAACCCCAACAACACAGUCGGCUUUGCGGGACAUUGCAGCGACACUAGCUUUAAGACUCUAAAGACUUUUGGAAGUGGCAUUUUUUGAAAUCGCAAGCCCGAAGCCUGGUUCCUGGGGAAUUGAUUGACCAUGAAAUUGAUGCUGUUGCCCUCUUUCAUAUGGCAGGACUGACAAAAUCUUUAAUUCAGCCUUCAACGCGGGGGAAAGAGGACAAUAAUCCAGAGGAUCUGCUCAGAAAUAUUGAGCAUGAGAAUAAAGUCGCAUGUAUAUCGAACGAUAAAACGACAGUCAAAACAUACGCAUGUUUACCGGGUGAAAUUCGACAAGCGUGAAAGUAAGAGCCUAGAUGCAGUGUGUGCAGUAUAUGGGGCAUUACAAUCAAAUAUUGUUUUCAAGAUUUAGUGAGGAACCACAGUGAUGUUUCUGUUUGUUUUGACUAAUCAAACUAACCUAUGCUGCAUGUUAGACUAGCUGAGGAGCGACAAACCAAACACCAGAGAGGAAAAGAAAAAGGAAACAGAGUUGUUCUCCUUUUCUUUACUUUUUCGCUUAUUUUUUUGUUUGUUUGUUUUAAAAAAGAUACUGUCAGCAUAAAGUUUCCCACUCACUGCACAUUGUUGGAAAAGAAAUGUCACAAGGUUCACAUCACCAAAAGAAGAACAGAGUAGAUUCUAUAUUUUUCAAAGCAGACCCGGACCCGGUUUUAAGCUCUGUAACUUUCACAGAACAAAAGAUAGCACCAAGAAUUUAGAGUUUCACUAAUUUUGAUUGAAGUGUUGUGACAUUUAUUUUACAAUACAGUCAAAAGGCUUUGGGAAAAAUGGUUAAAUCUGCUACGGUAGCCACAGCAAAGGAAGCAAAACUGCCGAGUUUAGCAAUCCUUAAAGCCGGGAUAGAUACGAAGACCUUGAUGACUGAGUGUGCGAUGACGUUAAAAGAUCUUAAUCUUCUGAAUGUUUCUUUAGCUGAUUAUGCUGGACAUGUAAAAAGUCAUUUUAAAGUGUUGUGUUGUUUGUGCCCCGAUAAAUCAGGCCUUUAGUUGCAAUAAGGACCCUUGUUGAUCAGAGUACUGUGCAGAGCUUGUGCAGGCUGAGCAGGGUUGUUGUUGGUGGUGCAUAUUUUGGGGUCAGUUUUCCUUUCAUUUCAAUCAGCUGAAGCAAGCAGCUUGAAGGGAAACAAAAUGUAAAUUGCAGUGGGGGUGAUGACUAAAUAGAAAGAACUGUUUGUAUGUAUGAACGUAUGUAAAGCAUUUAGUGGAAAAGGUGUUUUUAUUUUGGGUUUUUUUUUCAACUUGAGCGACUUUAGAAGAGAAUUCAGAGGAUGGUUUUUUUGGAGGGGGGAUGUGUUUGUGAUUUUUCACUCAUGUGCAAAGUUGAACAUUUUCUUCUAAUACUAAUUCGAUUCCUUCCAUACUUUCAGGUACAUUGAAUCAGAGAGUAAGAUAAAACGUUGCUAAGAUUGGAUGUUUUAAAAAACGGCCCCCUGCAGCCAUUAGCGCAAUAAAAUAUUCUGAAUAAACAUAAAAAAAGAAUUAAAAAAAUCAACUUUGGGGUUAUGGAGCUUUGCAUGCGACGACAACGAUAUGCAUGUUCAGAACACCAAAGUAUGACUGUACAAAUCACUCGAGCUCUUUUCUUUAAUCGUAAUAGGUCAGGGAUGUAUUUUCUAAUGCACGGCUGGAUGUUUGUGUCUUUUUGUUUUCGUUUGAACUUAAACGUGUUAAAAAAAAAGAAUUAAACGCAACAUGUACUUUUUAAGCUGAAGCAUUGUGCUUGGUCUGGGUCAGUACACUCCUAACAGGUGAGCGAGUUUUAAACAUCCACUUUAUCACUUUUCAAGCUGGAAAGUGAAGAAAUGUGUUACAGGAUGAGACGUCCUUCAUUACAAGUGUAGGUUAGAGACUCCUGGCCGUGAAUACUUGAAGUGCAACUAGAGUGUUUCUGUUCCAAUGCAGUGAGGAAGUAGUUGAUUUUAUGGGGAAGUGGGGGGGUUGUUGUUCCAAUGAUGUCCCAAGCCUUUUAUCACAGACUCUGGAAUGUUCCGGCGACUCGGUUCAGCUCAGCCGCUUCGCUUGGCCUGCUGGGAGAUUGAGUUCUUAACCUCUGAUUCCAUCUGGUGACUUAAAAUGUUAAUGUUUUUUUUGUUUGUCUGUUUGUUUUAAAGUCAACGAAUGUGAGUUUUGUUUUUGGUUUUGAUGUUUGACGAUCCAGGGUGGGAGUCCUGACAUUGCACAGAACUUGCACAUAAGUAAAAAAAAAAAAAUAAAUAAACAAGUAGAACUUUAUUGCAAAAGGAGGAAAAAAAACAAGUAACUGUGGAUAUUUAUUUUUUGAGCUUUCUUGUCUAUAAAGGACAUUUAGUUUGCAAAUGAGUAAAUUAAAGCUAUUCUAUUUGCUGUUACAGGUGAACUGGACUUUGUGUGUGUGCGUGUGUGUGAGAGAGAGAGCAUAGGUCCUCUCACAGCUGGCAAAGCAAAAAGACAGCAGUGUGUUAAAACUGUCAUCUCAGUGUUCACUUUUUGGUCCUGGUUCUCUGUUCUGCAAUCACCUGGUUUACACUUAGCUCUGGAAUCGAUGGUGAUGAUGCCUGAAGUCUUUUUUUUUUUGUCUCUGUUCUGUUGUUUUAAUUCAACUAGAAACUUUUUUUUGUGUGUGUUGUGUUUUAUUUGAAUCCUAGGCAGAGCCACACACGUCAAAUUUUGGCCUUUGUACAUUUUCAGUGUUUGCUCUCCACCGUCCGCAUCACUGAAUGAAUGUGGAGACGCGGUGAUGCUGUUUCAUAUUUCCUGGCAGCAGCGUGACGGCCAUGCAGUCAGUCCAGCCUCUGUGCAUGCGUGUUUGUGUGUUUGUGGCUCUGCCUUUAGUAAACUGUGUGUUAAUGACGGAGGAGAGCGAUGCCUAUAUACUUUGAUUUUCAUAGAGAUUAAAUCAAGAUGAAUACUUAAAGAAUGGGAAAGUAAAUAUACGCAGUGUACUAUAUAUAAUAUGCCUUGUUAUUUGGAAAAAAAAGAUGUAAAUAUACAUAUUUCUCUUUUAGUUUCUUCUUUUUUGCUGCUAUAAAAAAGAUGAUUAUUUUUGUUAGUAGUGUUGUUUUCUAUAUAAAGUCUGUAUAUAUAUCUCUAUGUUAUGUAAAUAUGCUUGAGCCUUCAUAUGUAGGACUCUGGAUGAACACUGUAUGGAACGCACCUUAAACUCUGUUCAGAAGCAAACAACCAAUGACGUUUUUCAUCAUUUGGCAUUUUCACUCAGAAUUCAAAAUGUGACAAGAAUCAAUAAUAAAGAAGGGUCUCACCAUACAGGCAAAAAAAAAGAGAAAAAAAAUCUGCUCUGGAUGAAAAUAAAAGUUCAUUUGAUCAAAAAAGA